AUUAUAGGAUUACAGAAUAUUAAAAUGUCAAAAAGAGUGUAUGAUCAAAUCCAGCCUCCUGAUAUGAGUUUUGAUGAUGAAGACGGCAAAGGGACUCCUAUAAAGAGUAUUCCACAAACAAAAUGUAUCUGGGAUUUAUGUAUUCAAGCUACAGAAAGAGCAGAACUAAACACUACCAGAGAGGUUGACACAAAAGGUCCAUUUCUAAAAGCAUGUCUAAUGUUUCCAGGUGUCCUGCAAGAGAACUCCAACAAGAGUGUUGAAAGUACCAUGUUUGUUGUGGGCGCGAAAUCAGCUGCUAAAACAAGCAUCAUCCUCCGAUUCUUAGACAGAGAUGAACAGCCCAAGCCUACGACUGCUCUGGAGUACACGUUUGGGAGACGAUCUAAGAACAACAACAUGCUGAAGGAUGUAGCUCAUGUGUGGGAACUUGGGGGAGGUAUUGCACUGUCAAAUCUCAUUGAGGUUCCUAUUACGAAGCAAUGUGUAAAGAACCUUAGUGUAGUUAUUUGUGUGGAUCUCAGCAAACCAGAGACGAUUUGGACUACUUUGGAAAGCUUGCUAAACACUAUUAAACUGAGAGCAAAGAAAGUGAUCGCUGAGCUCAAACGUGAUUGUCCAAGUGAUGCUAACCAGAUAGUAGCAGAGUGUCUGGCAAGAUACGGAUCCGACCACCCCGAUAAAGAUAACCUAGAUAUUAUCCCCAUACCAAUCACCAUCAUUGGUACCAAGUAUGACGAGUUCCAGAAUUUUGACCCCGAGAAGAAAAAGAUUAUUUCAAAAACUUUGAGAUAUGUUGCCCACCAUCACGGAGCUCAUCUCUGUUAUUUUAGUUCUAAAAUGGAGGCUCUGGUUAUGAAGACACGAGGUUUACUUGGGCAUCUAGUCUUCAAAACUCAACUCAGCAAGACAAUACUAACAGAUCACAGCAAACCAAUCUACGUUUUGGCUGGUAUGGAUGCUCUUAGUCAGAUUGGCGCUCCUCCUGCCAUUGUCGGAUCUAGGUCAACCACACUCGACAAUUACAACAUAAAUGAUUCAUACUCACAGGACUCACUCCAUUGGUCACCGCUGGAGCAAUGGAAGCAGCUGUUCUUAUCUACUUUUCCUCAAGAGGCGGAAGCAGUGCUCCCAGAUGACCCUACCAAAGAUACGAAGUAUAACGAGAGUAUUAUUGACUCAGUCAGAUCUCAGAAAGAUGAGGAGCUGGAGAGAUUUAAGAAGUUACAGGAAAGAAAGAUGAGAGAGGAGGCCAGGAGAGAAGGCAGAGUUAUGUAGCGACCUCCAUAAGAGAGAAAGAGAAAGAGAAAGAGAAAGAGACCUAUGAUUGUCUAAAUCGUUAUUUUCGGUGAACUCAGAUUAUUUAAGCUCGUUAAAGUUUGUACAGUUAAAUCAUAAGCUACUGGAUAGCACAUACUUGCCAAUUGUUAUAGUAUUUAUGUGUAAAAAUAUGUAUUAAAGUAUUUAUAUAUUAUAUUGUGUCAGAUACCUUUUUAAAUUCAAUGUAAAUAUUAUCACACAGUAAGUUAUUUGUUUUACUGCCAAGGCUUUUGCUUUGUUAAAAAUACCUGUGUUUUUAUUCUGUUCCCGAUGAUUUCAAAGUUUUAAAUUUUUAACACAUUAUAUAAUGUGUUUUAUAAAUAUACCCUUUGUGGAUAAUUGCAUUGUCUUAAAAACUUAUGGAUUGGCGCUUCAAGUCCUUAAUGUGUAAAUUGCGCUAGACUAGCUGACUUUGAUUUCUAGAUUAUCCGAUAUCAUUAAUUUCAAUCAGAUAAAUUCAGGAUGUU